UGCUUCUCUCCACGGUUUCUGCCGCAGUGCACGCCGGGCAAAAGGAAGACCUCCAAGAAGCUCCCCGCGCAGCGCGGCAGUGUUUUCGCUGCGGCCUUUGCGAGUGGUCGCCUCGGACCCGGUCUCCCGGUGAGCGACGCGCAGAAACCUCGAACCGGUGGGGUCUCCCAUAACCAGGAGCCCAGAGGGCCACGGAGACAGUCCCCUUGUCUCGGCGGCGGGUAUUAAUACCAACUGUCCUCCUAAGAAAAGUGCUGAGAUAGAGUAUUAUAAUACAAGAGCUUCUGAGUCUAUCCUGAACUUAGAUCGUGUACAUUUUGGGAACUUAUUUUAGAAAAGAUCUAAAUUUUAAAAAUACUCAAUGGACAGACAGAGAAAAGAGGGUCUUUGCCAACUUCUUUGGACAUCUGCAGUAAGAAUGUCUUUCCCCCCUCAUUUGAAUCGCCCUCCCAUGGGAAUCCCAGCACUCCCACCAGGGAUUCCACCACCACAGUUUCCUGGCUUUCCUCCACCUGUACCUCCAGGAACCCCAAUGAUUCCUGUACCAAUGAGCAUUAUGGCUCCUGCUCCAACUGUCUUAGUACCCACUGUGUCCAUGGUUGGAAAGCAUUUGGGAGCCAGAAAGGAUCAUCCAGGCUUAAAGGCAAAGGAAAAUGAUGAAAAUUGUGGUCCUACUACUACUGUUUUUGUUGGCAACAUUUCUGAGAAAGCCUCAGACAUGCUUAUAAGACAGCUCCUUGCUAAAUGUGGCUUGGUUUUAAGCUGGAAGAGAGUACAAGGUGCAUCUGGAAAACUUCAAGCCUUUGGAUUCUGUGAGUAUAAGGAGCCUGAAUCUACCCUCCGUGCACUCAGGUUAUUGCAUGACCUGCAGAUUGGAGAGAAGAAACUGCUUGUUAAAGUUGAUGCAAAGACAAAGGCACAACUGGAUGAAUGGAAAGCAAAGAAGAAAGCUUCUAAUGGGACUGCUAGGCCAGAAACUGUCACUAAUGAUGACGAAGAAGCCUUAGAUGAAGAAACUAAGAGAAGAGAUCAGAUGAUCAAAGGGGCCAUUGAAAUUUUAAUACGUGAAUACUCCAGUGAGCUCAAUGCCCCUUCACAAGAAUCUGACUCUCACCCCAGGAAGAAGAAGAAGGAAAAGAAGGAGGACAUUUUCCGCAGAUUUCCAGUGGCACCUCUGAUCCCGUAUCCACUCAUCACUAAGGAAGAUAUAAAUGCUAUAGAAAUGGAAGAAGACAAAAGAGACCUAAUAUCCCGAGAGAUCAGCAAAUUCAGAGAUACACACAAGAAACUGGAAGAAGAGAAAGGCAAAAAAGAAAAAGAAAGACAGGAAAUUGAGAAAGAACGGAGAGAAAGAGAGAGGGAGCGUGAAGGGGAAUGAGAAAGGCGAGAACGCGAAAGGGAAAGAAAACGUGAACGAGAGAAAGAGAAAGAACGGGAGCGGGAACGAGAACGGGAUAGGGAUCGUGACCGGACAAAGGAGAGAGAUCGGGAUCGUGAUCGAGAGAGAGAUCGUGACCGCGAUCGGGAAAGGAGUUCAGAUCGGAAUAAGGAUCGGAGUCGAUCAAGAGAAAAGAGCAGAGAUCGUGAAAGGGAGCGGGAGCGGGAAAGAGAGAGAGAGAGAGAACGUGAACGAGAAAGAGAGCGUGAACGAGAAAGAGAGCGUGAAAGGGAACGGGAGCGAGAAAGAGAAAAAGACAAGAAGAGGGAUCGAGAAGAGGAUGAAGAAGAUGCGUAUGAACGAAGAAAACUUGAAAGAAAACUCCGGGAGAAAGAAGCUGCUUAUCAAGAGCGCCUUAAGAAUUGGGAAAUCAGAGAACGGAAGAAAACCCGGGAGUAUGAGAAAGAGGCUGAAAGAGAAGAGGAAAGGAGAAGAGAAAUGGCAAAAGAAGCUAAACGACUAAAAGAAUUCUUGGAAGAUUAUGAUGAUGAUAGAGAUGAUCCCAAAUAUUACAGAGGAAGUGCUCUUCAGAAAAGAUUGCGUGACAGGGAAAAGGAAAUGGAAGCAGAUGAACGGGAUAGGAAAAGAGAGAAGGAAGAGCUAGAGGAAAUCAGGCAGCGACUUCUGGCAGAAGGGCAUCCGGAUCCAGAUGCAGAGCUUCAGAGGAUGGAACAAGAGGCUGAGAGGCGCAGACAACCACAAAUAAAGCAAGAACCAGAAUCAGAGGAAGAGGAAGAAGAAAAGCAAGAAAAAGAAGAAAAACGAGAGGAACCUGUGGAAGAGGAAGAAGAGCCAGAGCAGAAGCCCUGUCUUAAACCAACUCUGCGGCCCAUCAGUUCUGCCCCAUCUGUUUCCUCUGCCAGUGGCAAUGCAACCCCCAACACUCCUGGGGAUGAGUCUCCCUGUGGUAUUAUUAUUCCUCAUGAAAAUUCGCCAGAUCAACAACAGCCUGAGGAGCAUAGGCCAAAAAUAGGACUGAGUCUUAAACUGGGUGCUUCCAAUAGUCCUGGUCAACCUAAUUCUGUGAAGAGAAAGAAACUCCCUGUAGAUAGUGUCUUUAACAAAUUUGAGGAUGAAGACAGUGAUGAUGUACCCCGAAAAAGGAAACUGGUUCCCUUGGAUUAUGGUGAAGAUGAUAAAAAUGCUGCCAAAGGCACCGUAAACACUGAAGAAAAGCGCAAACACAUUAAGAGUCUCAUUGAGAAAAUCCCUACAGCCAAACCUGAGCUUUUUGCUUAUCCCCUGGAUUGGUCUAUUGUGGACUCUAUAUUGAUGGAACGACGAAUUAGACCUUGGAUUAAUAAGAAAAUUAUAGAAUACAUAGGUGAAGAAGAAGCUACAUUAGUUGAUUUUGUUUGUUCUAAGGUUAUGGCUCAUAGUUCACCUCAGAGCAUUUUAGAUGAUGUUGCCAUGGUACUUGAUGAAGAAGCAGAAGUUUUUAUAGUCAAAAUGUGGAGAUUAUUGAUAUAUGAAACAGAAGCCAAGAAAAUUGGUCUUGUGAAGUAAAACUCUGUACAUUGAGAGUUCCAUUUCAGCUAUCGUCUUUCCCAUCCUUCAAAGGACUCUGAAAAAUUUUUUUGUCUUCAAAGACAUUUGUGAGAUCUGUAAUUUUUUUUAAAUGUAGAAAAUGUGAAUUUUUUUUUUUUUGUCCUCCAAUUUGUUGAUGCCCUGUGUACUCCCUUGGUUGUAAAGACAUCCGAAUCCUACCUUGGUUCUCUUUAUACUCACCAGGUACAAAUUACUGGUAUGUUUUAUAAGCCACAGCUACUGUACACAGCCUAUCUGAUAUAAUCUUGUUCUGCUGAUUUGUUCCUUGUAAAUAUUAAAAUGACUCCCCGAUUCUUUUGCAGAAUUGCACUUAAUAUUGAACUGUACUGUACAGGAACCAACAUGAACAAUUUUAAUAGAAAGAAUACCAGCCCACAUCUAUUACCCAUACCCCCUUGAUCAGAAUUGGCAGGCUUUCAUGAAGGCAUGAAAUUUAAAAUUAGAGUGUGAAAAUUAGGAGACCAUCCAUUCCUACUGUAUCUCUGUAUGAAUGUGUUUGUGUGAAUGUAUAUAUAAAAGUAUUUUCCCUAAUUUGCUUUGGAGGGCUCCCUUGAACAUUUUCUAAUUGAAAAAUAUAAUUGUAAAGGAAACAUGGUAUUGUGCCAAUCCAAAUGUCUGGGAUAAUUAGGUUAAUAGUCUCCCAGAGCAUGUUAGUCUCUUACGGCAAGAAACAGUCUGUUGAACAGAAUGGGGUUUUCCUGUUGAUAGCUGGCUGCUUCAUCCCUUCUUUUAUGGGAGUGUGAAUCAGUGGUUCCCCUCUCUCCCCCCAAUCUCAAUUGUUCAGAAAUGAGGCAAAUCCUUAGAUUGCACUGAUUGGUCCUUAGUUUAAUUUUGGUGUGCCCCUUUGCUUAAAAAAAUAAAAAGCAUAAAUGAAAAAUACUUUUUAAACAAAAGAUAAAAUUAGGCAAUUUUACAGACUAGGAAAGUUUGACAAAAUACAAUAGAAUUUCAGCAUGGCAUUUUAUAAAAGUUUACAUCUUAUUUUUAAGGAUAAAGUACAUCAUUUAAGGCAGUUACCACUAAUUUUUUGUUUUGUAAAGGCUUUAUAGCUUGUGUGUGUGUAAGCACACACCUUGUUUACCUCUGCUCAUCAAAGUUUAAAGAUACAUUGAUGGUGUUGGAGACACACAUGGGGCUUUCUUUAUUGUACAUCAGAACUUCACCAGGGAGCAAAAUUAAUCGAAAAUAUAACAAGUUUUAAACAGUUCUAAAUACAAAGUAGGUGCAGCUAUUUCAUGUCUAAGUAUUUAUUUAAAGACGAAGAUUGGGAAUAGGAAGAUAAAGCCUAACUGAGCUUGAGUUACUAGAUUUUUUUUUUUUUUUUACAUCUUAAGAGGACAUUUGAAAACACUGUUCUUAACAUUGAACCAUGACAUGGUUCCCUCAUGUAAAUAUUUCGGAUAUUAAAAAUGUAUAUAUUUGA